GUUACCCUUUCACCUUUCACCCUUUACCUAACAAAAUGGCGGUGGAAGACGUGAUGGUGGAGCCGUGGUACAUGAUGCAGAUGGUACAGGCCUUUCUGCAGGCCCCAGUGUACCACAUCGUGAUCGAGGUGCUGUUGAUAGUGUGGAUCAUCGGCCUGCUGUUCUCUAAGAGCUACAGGAUCCAGGAGAGGGUACAACUCACAGAGAAGGAGAAGGAAGACCUGUUGGCUGAAUGGAAGCCAGAGCCACUGGUACCAGACACCCCUGAAGACCACCCUGCACUACACCCACGGGUCGUGUCUGGGAAAGCAGGGUUAAAGGUCGUGGUGGAUGGGAAGGAGUGCCUUAACCUGGCCACCCUCAACUUCCUAGGCAUGCUGGGUAAUAAACGGAUUGAGAAAGCUGCCAACACAGCUCUGUACAAGUACGGAGUUGGAUCCUGUGGACCCAGAGGCUUUUAUGGAACAGUGGAUGUUCACCUUGACCUUGAAGAUAAACUUGCCAAGUACACAAGAACAGAAGAGGCCAUCCUCUAUGCCUACGGCUUUGCCACCAUCGCCAGUGCUAUCCCAGCCUACUCCAAAAGAGGCGACAUUGUUUUCUGUGAUGAGGGAGCCUGCUUUGCCAUCCAGAAAGGCCUGCUGGCCUCCCGCAGUAAAGUGGUGUACUUCAAACACAACGACAUGGAAGACUUGGAGCGGCUUCUCAAGGAACAGGCUAAGGAUGACAAGAAGAAUCCCAAGAAGGCUGCUGUCACCCGGAGGUUUGUUCUGGUGGAGGGGAUAUACAUGAACUAUGGAGACAUUGUCCCCCUGCCAAAAUUGGUUGAACUGAAGUACAAGUACAAAGUCCGAAUCUUUAUCGAGGAGAGCGCGUCCUUUGGAGUACUGGGAGACAACGGCAGGGGAGUCACAGAGCACUUUGGUGUUCCUAUAGAAGACAUCGACCUGAUCAGUGCUAACAUGGAGAUGUCCCUGGCAUCUAUCGGUGGUUUCUGCUGUGGAGACUCCUUUGUUAUCGACCAUCAGCGCCUGUCAGGUCAGGGCUACUGUUUUUCAGCGUCUCUCCCCCCCAUGCUGUCAGUGGCAGCGUCCGAGGCACUCCGGAUCAUGGAAGAGAAACCUGGUAUAUUUGAGGAGCUGAGGACAAGAUGCCAGUGGCUACAUGCUAAGUUGUCAAGUAUUCCUGGACUGAAAGUUUGUGGAGAGCCCAUAUCCCCCAUCAUGCACCUGCAACUGGCAGCACCGUCUAGUCGUGCAGAAGACACGAAGAAACUUGAGACCAUGUGCAAUGAGUGUAUGAAUCAGGGUGUGGCUCUGACUGUGGCACGUUACCUGGAGCAGGAAGAACACCUGGUGCCCCCUCCCAGCAUCAGGGUAGCUGUGAACGUGGAGCUGACAGAAGACGACAUCGAUCACGCGACCGCCGUCAUCACAAACGUGGCCAAGAUGGUUUUGUAAAGAAACACCUGUUACUGUAUACUAGAAAAACAAACUUAGUGAGCAAAAUUAAUAAUUGCAAAUGUUUUUGUGAGCUUUGUUAAUCUCCAGGCAGAUCUUGCUGUGGCAUGAGAAAG